CUCCGCCGCCGCCGCCGCUCCCCGGGCCCGGGCGCCUGGAAGGGAGGGGCUCGGCGGUGGCCGGGGCCGAGGCGUCUCCGGGACAGGCGCCGCUCUGAGCCGGACCCCGGGAGGAGAGGAGCCAUGAGCCUGGCCCGGCUGUGCCUGCUGCUGCUGCUGUGCCCGCCCUGCCUGGGCAUGGGCUCGCUGGAGCAGCCCGAGCGGCCGGGGGAGUCCCGCUGCCAGCCCAUCGCCAUCCCCAUGUGCCAGGACAUUGGCUACAACGUGACCCGCAUGCCCAACCUCAUGGGCCACGAGGACCAGCGCGAGGCCGCCAUCCAGCUCCACGAGUUUGCCCCGCUGGUGGAGUACGGCUGCCACGGGCACCUGCGCUUCUUCCUCUGCUCGCUCUAUGCCCCCAUGUGCACCGAGCAGGUCUCGGCCCCCAUCCCGGCCUGCCGGGUCAUGUGCGAGCAGGCCCGGCUCAAGUGCUCGCCCGUCAUGGAGCAGUUCACCUUCCGCUGGCCCGACUCCCUGGACUGCAGCCGCCUGCCCAGCAAGAACGAUCCCAACUUCCUCUGCAUGGAGGCCCCCAGCAACGGCUCCGAGGAGCCCCCCAAAGCCGGACCGCUGCCCCCCUUGUUCCGGCCCCACCGGCCCGCCGAGCAUGAGCCUCCGCCACCGCCGCCCAAGGGGGCGUCUUCCUGCGGGAACCCGGGCAAGUUCCGGCGCGUGGAGAAGAGCGCCUCUUGUGCCCCACUAUGCAGCCCAGGGGUCGACGUCUACUGGAGCCGGCAGGACAAGCGCUUUGCCGCCAUCUGGAUCGGUGUCUGGUCGGUGCUCUGCUUCUUCUCCAGCGCCUUCACCGUCCUAACCUUCCUGGUGGACCCCCAGCGCUUCAAGUACCCCGAGCGGCCCAUCAUCUUCCUCUCCAUGUGCUACUGCGUCUACUCGCUGGGCUACCUCAUCCGCCUCUUCUCCGGGGCCGAGAGCGUGGCCUGCGACCGAGACAGCGGCCAGCUCUACGUCAUCCAAGAAGGCUUGGAGAGCACCGGCUGCACCCUGGUCUUCCUGGUGCUCUACUACUUCGGGAUGGCCAGCUCCUUGUGGUGGGUGAUCUUGACCUUGACCUGGUUCCUUGCCGCCGGGAAGAAAUGGGGCCAUGAGGCCAUCGAAGCCAACAGCAGCUACUUCCACUUGGCGGCCUGGGCUGUCCCGGCUGUGAAGACCAUUGUGAUCUUAGUGAUGCGCCGAGUGGCCGGGGAUGAGCUCACAGGCGUCUGCUACGUGGGCAGCAUGGAUGUUGAUGCCUUGACCGGCUUCGUCCUGGUCCCCUUGGCUUGCUACCUUGUCAUCGGGACCUCCUUCAUCCUCUCGGGCUUUGUGGCCCUCUUCCACAUCCGACGGGUGAUGAAGACGGGCGGGGAAAACACCGACAAGCUGGAGAAGCUCAUGGUCCGAAUUGGUGUCUUUUCCGUCUUAUACACAGUGCCGGCCACGUGCGUGAUCGCCUGCUACUUUUAUGAGCGGCUGAAUAUGGAUUACUGGAAGGUCUUGGCAAUGCAGCAGAAGUGUAAGGUGAAUGGCAAUCAGACCAAACACUUGGACUGCACCAUGAGCAAAUCCAUCCCUGCCGUGGAGAUUUUCAUGGCCAAGGUCUUCAUGCUGUUGGUUGUGGGGAUUACAAGCGGCAUGUGGAUCUGGACCUCCAAGACCCUCCAGUCCUGGCAAAACGUUUGCAGUCAGAGACUGAAGAAGAGGACACGGAGGAAACCGGCCAGUGUGAUUGCAAGCAGUGGACUGUACCAAAAAACCCAGCAUCUGCCCAAAGUCCACCACACAAAAUAUGAGCCAGCUUUGCAAUCCCCUACCUGUGUGUGAACAACUUUGCCUACCAAUAGCAUUUGUUUGUUUUUGAUUGUUUUUUUUUUAAAAAAAGCUACAAGUGUCUAACCUGUGUCACGAGACUUACAAGUGCUCAACAUUGCACUCAGAACUAAGGAAAAGCAUGAUAGUUAAUGCAAUUGUGUGGGGUUUUUAAUGUCCUUUGAUCAGAUAGACAAAAGAGCAAAUCUAGGAGGGGAAGGAUUGAACUGUUAGAAUGCAGAGUUUGGAGAGAAAACUGAACAUAGGGCUGCUGUGAGAUUUCUGGGCUGUAUGGCCAUGUUCCAGAAGCAUUAUCUCCUGAUGUGGGUGAAACGUCAGGAGAGAAUGUUUCUGGAAUGUGGCGGUACAGCCCGGAAAACUCACAACAACCCAGUGAUUCCAGCCGUGGAAGCCUUAGACAACACAUUAAACAGAACAUACUUUGGUAAAAGAUUUAGCGCAUGGAAGACUGACACACAAGUUUAUCACAGUAGAGAAAAAAUCCACUUAAAAACUGGUUUCUGCCUCCUGCAGAAUUCUGGGGUUUGUAGUUUAGUGAGGCUGUUAAAGGCUCCUCCGUAAACUACAAACCCCAGACAGAAACCAGAUUUUAAGUGGAUUUUCCCCCUCUAGUCUGAUGAAGUAAGCUGACUACUCUCUCUACCCCUCAUCCAGCUUUGCCUAUUAACACUAUGUAACAAAACUUGAAAAAAAAUCUGUUCCUCGUUUGAAAGUGUCAUUUCCUGUUUAAAUGUGUGGUACUUACUUGGAAAGCAGUUGUUCUACUCCAGAAACUUUGUUUUUGUGCUUGCCACAAACUGUGUCGGAUUGGUGGCGUCUUUGAGAUAGUCAUUGGAAAACCAUCGCAAAAUGUUCUGCAGGAUGAUGUCCCUCCCUCCCUCUCUCCCUCCCUCCCACAAAAACAAAGUUUUGGCAACUUAAUCAACUUUUCCCGUGUUUUUAUGAUCGACCCAAUGGGGAAAUGACAUUCUUGACCCAGGAACAAAGAUCCUAGUGUGACACGGUGUCAUUUGUUUUCUCUCCCACCCCAGUCCUCCUGAGUUAAGAGCAGCGUGUAAUUAUUUGUAUACAUAUUAAAGACUGGUUUGCCUUUAGAUUUCUAACCAAGUUGAGAUAGAAUUGAUAGUGGUGAGUUUUUUUGGAAAAAAAAAUAGAACUUGACAGAGAAUUGUGUCCUUUUAGGAAAGUAGCCCUUUGAGAAUGAGAGAACCUUGAGUUCAGUUAGUGCAUCGGCUUUGAAAACAAGUUCUGUUCAAACUUAAAGACAUCUUUUCCCCCAAGCGCUUUGCAUUGUGCCUAGUAUCUCUGAAAAUAGUUUCAGUCCAAAAGGCUCGGCCACGCUCCGUUGCUUAAAACUCCCCUGCAAGAUGCUCCCCUGCAAGUUGGGGUGCAAAAGAAAUAAUGUGCAAUAUAAUAUGCCCCCUUACACAGGCGUGCACACACAGUAACCAUCCUUGCAAGGACAUAAAACAAGAAAAAAGUAUUUUGCUAUACAUCAAGGCAACAAAGGGGAUCACUUAACAAAAGAACUAAGGGGUCUAGUCCCUGGAAACCCUUUAGUGUUACAUUUGGUGGCUUUUUAAUGGAAAUCAGACAAGUUUGGACUGAUUUGUCGAAGAAGAAAAGGGGGAAGGGGAUUAACUGAAAAGGAUCCAAAGAGGCUUAUUGACUCUUUCCAUUGUCAAACAAAUUCUGGGAAUGAAUAGAUCAAGAAGCACUCCAUUUUAUUUUUUAUUUUCAGAGAAGGGAAACUAUCUGAACCUAUGGUCUGUCCUUUGCUGCAAAGGGAAGGCACAUGUUUGUGUGAGAGAGAACGUACGAGUGUGUCUGUGUGUGGAAAUGAUAUAUAUUUGUCAGAUGCGAUUAUUUUUCAUGUCCUACUAUUUUAUGAAAUAAUAAUGACAAUUAAUAAAAUUGCCUUUAGUUUGAUAA